AUAAAAAAUAAAGAAAAAAUCCGCUUCUUUUUCUUUUCUUUUAUAUUUUGUUUUAAUUUUUUACUUUUAACCAAGCUACUCCCUAAUCUUUAAUCAAAAACCUAAAAUCAGAAAUAUAGAAACAGAAAUGAAAAAACGAACAGCGAAAUCUACUCAAAUAAAUCCAAUUUCCACCAUGUUAAACGCCACACCCUAAUUCCCAAGUUGCCAAUCCAUUUUCCUAUCUUUCUCUAAUUUUCCCGCAUUUUCUCAGGCUUCAUCUCUAUUCUCUCUCUCUUCCGGCACGAUUGGAUCUGAGUGCUCUUGAAUUUUUUUUUUCUCCAACCCCACUUAGUCCCUUCAAACCGGAAGAGAAAAAAAAAACCCCAAUCUAUUAGCUUCCCAGGGUUUUCAAGUUAGGGUUUUGUUGGAUCUAGCAGUAUUGGAAUUUAGGGAAUUUCUUUGGGUUUUUGUGUAAUUCGUGAUAUUUACUUAUCUGGGUUGCCUUUGUUUUUCUUGGAAGGUUAAUUUUAUUUAUGUUUUUGGAGGUUCAGAGUUAGAUAAAGAAAGAGAAAUUUGAAUAGCAAAUGUCAUAUUUGGGUAAUUGGUAUUUGAAAGGUGUAUUUUUUCGGUAAAUUUUUUGGAGAGACCGAAAAAAAAAUUGAUCAAUGUCUUGGGCAGGCCCUGAAGAUGUUUACCUUUCUACUUCUCUUGCCAGUUAUCUUGACAAAAAACUUUUAGUGCUUCUGCGAGAUGGUCGAAAGCUCAUGGGAACAUUACGUUCUUUUGACCAAUUUGCUAAUGCUGUUAUUGAGGGUGCUUGUGAAAGAGUUAUUGUUGGUGAUCUUUAUUGCGACAUCCCUUUAGGUCUAUAUGUAAUCCGUGGGGAGAAUGUUGUCUUGAUUGGUGAGCUGGACUUGGAAAGAGAGGAACUUCCUCCACAUAUGACCCGUGUUUCUGCAGCAGAAAUUAAAAGGGCACAGAAAGCGGAAAGGGAGGCAACAGAUCUUAAAGGUACAAUGAGGAAAAGAAUGGAGUUCCUUGAUUUGGACUAACUCAUGUUUCCUGCAUCCUGUUUUAACUAUCCGCAAAUUUUAUGGCGGUUGGUGGUGUAGGAGAUGUGGAGGCCGCUAGAAGAUGCUCCAUAUCUCUUUGUUUCUCUCUUUCCAUCUCAACAUUAAAUUCUUGUAACAUUUGCAAACAAUAUAUCUGACAAAGCUUAGCCGCGA